AUGUCUGAUUUUAGUGAAAAUUAUAGUAGUAAAUUAUCUACAAAUGCUAUUGAUUUUGAAGCUAAAGAAAAAUAUCAAAGUAUUAAAAAUAAGGCAUCUGGUUUAAAAAAUGAUAUGUCUUUUGAGUUUGACAUUAAUGGAUGUUUUAAUAAGAUAAAAGAUAUAAAAAAUAUUAGAUUAAAAAAAAAAAAGACUAUAAAUUUAUGUUCAGAGAGUGGAUAUUAUACAUUGUCUUCUAUGCAUCAAACCUCAAAAAUAUGUUCAUCAGAUAUUGAAACAGGAAUUAUAAAAGAUGAAAAUAUAAGUGAUAGUUCUGAGAUAUUCAAUGAUAGUGAAAUGUUAUUGAGUGAUAGCGACUUUUAUGAUAACAAUAUUUCUUGUAAAAACAUUCAAUCUAAUGGUCUUAAUGAGUUUGUUGAAAUAUUGGAGAAAAAAAAACAUGAUUCUUUAAAGAUUAAAACUUCAAAAAAAAUGUUAUCUGAUGUUUCUAAUAAUCAAAUUUCUAACUUCAAGAUGAAAUCUAUUGAAGAUGAUUAUACAAAUGAUCAAGCUUCUAAAAAGCUGAGUAUAUUAGAAAUGAUUGCACCUUUAAGAACGAAUAUUGUAACAAAUUCUUAUUUAAACUCUCUUCAUGGGGAAAAUAUUUUUAAUUCUUCAAACAAUACUUUAAAUGUCCCUUUAGUUAAAACAAUUCAGGAUCGUUUUGAUAGAGAAGCUGCAUAUGAUAUUGUUAAGAAAGAGUUAGAAAAGUGGAAAGAUAUUGUGAAGAUUAACAGGGAAUCUGAGAUGUUAAAAUUUCCUGUAGAUUUUUUUGAAAAAGAAAAAUUAACAAAUAGUUCAUUAUCUGCAAAAUUUAAAGCAUCUACGCUUUUUGAAGAAAGCAUUGAUAAAGCUCUUCAAUCUUCAGGUUUAAAGGAUGAAAAGUCCAUUUCUGAAUUUGAAAAAUUGCAUACUGAUAAAUGUUUUGUAAAAGAUGCUGGAAUACAUCAUGCUGAAUUUAGAUUGAUGCGUGAUUUAAUGUUUAGACAAGAGUGUAAAGCAAAACGGAUCUCAAAAAUUAAGAGUAAAUCAUAUAGAAAAAUACGUAGACAUGAAAAAAAGAAAAUAAAGUCUUUAGUUUCAGAUAAGACAGAUUGUGAAGAGUUAUGUUUGCAGAAAGAAAUAAAUAGAGUUAAAGAAAGAAUGGGCUUUCAUUGUUCUAGUGCAAAUAAAUGGGCUAAAAAAUGUUUAAUUGAUACUUAUUCUAAUGCAGAUAGUUUUCAAUUUAUGUCUAAACAAUUGCAGUGUAAUCAACAUUUUAAAAGGAAAAUUCAAGGCACAUAUUCUUCGGAUUCUCAAGAUGAUUUAGAUAAUAUAAAUGAAGAUAAUUUAAGUUAUAAGAAAGGUUUGUUGAUGGAUUUAAAAAAAAUUAAUCAAAAUGAAAAUAUUAAGUCAUUGAAAGAUUUAAUGGAUAUGCAGUUUAUGGGAAGUUCUAAAAAAAAUAGAAAUGCAAAAAAUAAGGAAAUUCUAGAUGAUAUAUUAAGAGUUGAAAAGAAUAGCGAAAUAUUGUGUAAGGAAUAUAGUGAUGAUAAAAAUUUUGAAUGUUUUUCGCAUUUUGCUGGAAGAAGAAUAUUUAAUCCAUUAUUGAAUAAAUUACAUGUUUCUUGUAUUAAUAAUCAGGAAUUUAUUGAGAUUUCUGAAAUUGAGCAGUCUUCGGACUUGACAGAUAAAAAAUUAUCUUGUUCUCAAAGUUUAAAUGAUUCUAAUGCAUGUUCUAAAAAUCAUAAUCCAUGGUUGUUUAUAUCAUAUAAAUCUUCAUUAGGAUUAUGUGGACCAGAAUUAGAUCAUAAUAUAGAGAACUCUAUAUUGCAUAAAAACACUAAAGAAUAUAAAACUAACGAGUCUGGACUGUAUAUUGAUCUUUCUGAUGAAUUAUUGUUUUCAAUUAGUACAAUAGAACAAGAUAAAUAUAGUGAUAAUAUUGAGGAAGGAAAUACAAAUAUGUUAUAUAGUUCCUCAAGUUUUGCUUUGAAGCAUAGGGAUAUAGUUGCUCGUGCUUUUUCAGGAGAUAAUGUUUUGGAGAAAUUUGAAAAAGAAAAAUUCAAAGAUAUUAAAGAAUAUGAAUCCUAUGAGAAUAAUGAUUCAAUGCCUGGCUGGGGGAAUUGGUGUGGCAUUGGAACAAAAUAUAUUUCAAAAAAGCUUAUUAAAAAGGUUGCCGGUGUUUCGGAAAAGGGCAAGAAGAAUAUAAAAUUAAGAAAUGUAAUUGUGUCUGAAAAAAGAAUUAAAAAGAAUGCAAAACUAUUAGUUUCUUCAGUUCCAUAUCCAUAUCAGACUAAAGAACAGUAUGAAAGAUCUUUGAUGUUACCUUUUGGCCCAGAAUGGACAACAAGAGAACAGCAUCAGAAAUUUAUUCUUCCGCGUAUUGUAAUAAAGCAAGGUUCAGUUAUAGAACCAUUAAGAAUACCGUCUUAG